AUGAGCAAAGGAGGACACGCUGCUACGACAGAGAGCUUUGUUGUGUUUGGCACUGCAUUCCCGGAAACAACAGAAAAGGACAGACGUGCUGGACGAACAGAUGCUGGCCAAUUCGUGCCAACGUGGAAACAAGAAGCCAGAGACGAACAAGGUCGACGACGAUUUCACGGUGCCUUCACAGGCGGUUUUUCAGCAGGCUACUUUAAUACAGUUGGAUCAAAAGAAGGCUGGACGCCCACUAACUACGUAUCAUCUCGCAAUGCACGUAAUGAGAGAAAAGAAGCCAGACCAGAAGAUUACAUGGAUGAAGAGGAUUUGGAGGCAAUGGCAGGUGCACGCAAACUCGUCGCCACAGAGGAAUUUGACAUCUUGGGCGGCACAGAACGUGAAUUAGCUGCUCGACGCAAACAGCAACAGGAAGAGGAAGCUCGAGGGGGUGGAUUGGACUUUCUGGGAUCCAGUUUGAUAAACAUGUUUGGACCUCCCAAGGAUUCUGUGGGUGUGCGAUUGCUGAGAAAGAUGGGAUGGAGACCAGGACAAGGCAUUGGACCUCGUAUCAAGCGACGCAUAGAUGAUGAGGAUGAUGAAGAAGAAGAAGAUGACACCCUGAACAACAUGACAUUUGCACCUCGAGAUACACCCAUUGAGAACUUCCAAGCCAAGAGAGAUACGUAUGGCUUAGGCUUUGAUUUAUCGACCUCUGUGCCUGAAGUAGCCGAGAUGAAGCGACUGCGUGAAUUGGCAAGGCAAAAAGAGAUCAGUGGUCAAGAAGUGGACAAAAAGAAUCGAUCCUCGUUUGGCGUGUUUGAUACUGCAGGACGGAAAGUAGAAGCUUUUGGGUUAGGCGCACUGGAAGAUGAUGACGACGAAGAAGACGUGUACAGAACAGACACAGCCAACUACCACACUGCUUUGUAUGAUGAUGAAGGUGGGCUGACACGAGAUCAAGUCCUGAUGCAAUCCAUGAAGCGCAAAAGAGAGCAGAUGGAGGAAGCAGAGAAAUCAAAGCAUUUGUUGACCUGUUCAGAUGGCAGACCGCCCCUCAAGGGAUUCCAUGUGUCCGAUAAACCACAGCAGAUUGGAAAAUGGCACGCCCCUCCCAAAGUGCCUGCUGACUUUACUGGACAAAAUGUGGUCAAAGAAGAUCAAGAUAACCAAACAAAUGCACCCAAGAUAUCACAGGAGAGCUUAUUUUCAUUUGAAGAACGAGGCAAUGCAUUAGGUGAAAAGCCGAUUGAGCAACGUUCUGUGUUUGAUUACAUGCCCAAGCACUCCAAGGACAAGUUGAAUCAAGCAGUCAGUUACUUUAUUGAUAUCGGCAAAGACAAAUCGCAGUUGUCUGAAUUCCCUACCAUUCCAAAGGAUGUUGCCAAAUUAGCGUUGCAAGGGUUCAUGCCAUUUGGUGAUAAUCUCAAGAAACAAGCACGCUAUCGCAGUUAUCUGGAGAACCAAGCUGGUAUGCUAACGGAAGACGGCGUGCCCAAGACAGUGCUUCCUAUACCCGAGGGACUCACCUAUGAAAUGGGCAUGAAAGAGCUGGAUGAAUUCGCAAAGGCAGCACGUAUCUUUAGGCCUAUCAGCGCCAUGAUGAGUGGACGAUUCACAUCUGCAUCACAGACAUCCAAGAACAUUGAAGUCGUCAACUUUGAAGGUGGACUCAAAACAGAAGAGCAGUACAGAAAGGAAAAAGAACAACAUAUCAAGGAGCAACCCAAGCCCGAAAGAAAGCAAUUGAGUCAGGAAGCAGAAGCAGCAGCAAUGAAGAUGUUUGGUAGUCUCACUCGCACCGUCAAGCCAUUUUAUCCCAAUCGAUUGGUAUGCAAGCGAUUCAAUGUCAAAGAUCCACAUCCCAACCAUGAUCACACAGCGGAUAAAGCAGCAGGUCGCACGCAAGGCGGCAACAAGGACGCUCUCAGCAAGGAAUCCAUGGAUAGUAUUCUCAACGAACGACUCCCGCUUCAACAAACAUUCACCUCCGUGUCAGAAAUGACAGCAUCUUUAGCUCAACCUGACGAUGAUCCCAUGAUGAAGGCAGUGGUACCAAAACCAUCCCAGAGAAAGGAAGAUUCCACAGCACCUACCACAGGCAUCGAUACCGCGAAGACAAAAGACGCAGACGAGGACGAAGGGCCACCUUUGGACUAUGAGAGACCCUCCAUGGAUAUUUUCAAGGCUAUCUUUGAUGAUUCAGACUCUGAAGAAGAGGAGGGGCAAGACGGACAGACGGCGGAAGAAACAGAAACUCGUGAGAACACUGCAGUAGUGUCAAGUACGACAGCAUUAGAUCAAGAUGACUUUAUAGGUCCUCCCAUGCCUCCUCGACCUGCAACAGCUGAUAUACCCUUAACAACAGCUUCAACAUCAUCGUCACCGAAUGUUGAGCCGUUUAGACCAAUGUUCAAAAGAGCAUCUGAAAGAAAAGAUCCAUCCGCAUCCUCGUUACUGCCACAAGUCAUAUCGGAGCAAGUGGUUGUGCAACCGUUCAAACCUAGAUCAAGCAGACAGAAAAGACGACAAAUUGAUGUUUCUGACGAUGAGGAGCACGGAGAGCAAGAUAGACACAGGAAGAAAGAACGCAAUCGUAGUCGCAGCCCCAGCCCGAGUCCUGAUCGCAGCCGUCGAGAUAGAAAGAGUAGCAGUAAAAAGAGCAAAAAGAGCAAAAGCAACAGCAGACAAGACAGGUCGAGAUCCAGAGACGAUGAUCGAUCUAGCAGCAGUAGACGACACGGUGACAGUAAAAAGAGAAAGUCUGAUAAAGAGAGCCGCCAUAGUAGUAGUAGUAGUCGACACCACAGACACCAUAAAUCCAGUCGACACAAGCACAAAGAAGAACAGGACGAUUUAGAAGCCUUUUGGGUGGAAAAGGAAAGCAGCAGCAGCCAUGUAAUACAAGAAUCUGAUAAACCUGCCAAGGGAGGAAGAAUGAGUGCUGCUGAUAUGUGGUAG